AAAAUUCGCAACACCGUCGAAAAUUACCCGUCGGCAAAUCAAGUUAGUGGUACGGGUAAAGCCUGUCUCUAGGCGGGACGGCAAACACCCAGGUACGUGGUACAGGGUGCAAAGGCUGAGGCGGGCACCUUUUCCGCGCAUGCGCGAGCAACAGUUGCCCGAAGCGAGCGGAGGCUGUGUCAUUCGCGCGCGGACCGCUCUAGCUAGCGGUCGUCUCUCGUGCCCGGAUCCAAAAGUUGUGUCUGUGAAUUGACUCGCCCGCGCGAGACACUACCGCUUUGUAUGGUGAUGUCUCACGGUUGUCGAGCCGGUUCAAAAACAUCGCGUCUGCAUUUCUUUCAUUUACCGGUCUCCUUAACAUUCAGUGUAUAGUUCAUAAUGACUAAUCAUACCACCUUCCUUCAUAGUAACAUUAAGUGUAGUGACAUUCUUGUAGGCUUAAUCGUAUCGUUAGUGACACAAGUGUAAAUAAGUGACUGUUCGGUGUAAGUUAGUUUAAGGACAAUGACAGCUGCUGCUGUUUAGGUUUAGGUUUAGUAAAGUUAGUGGUAAAGUGGCUGUUUGAGCGUUUGUUCAAGAUGUCUCAGCCGAUCAAACGUUCGCUCAGCAGUGAGGGCGGAGCCUCCAAGCGGGACUGGAAGAUGAGGCUCAGCCUGAGGAGCAGGAGUGGCCACAGUGUGGAGGCUCUCCGUGGGCGUCGGUGCGCGUCUCUGCGCUCAUCCGGGGCGCCCCCGCGGCCGGCCGAGGACUCCGGGCGGAGCACCCCCGCCGCCCCCGUGUCCCCGUCCCCCGCCUCCACGCCCGCCCCCAAGAAGUCCAACUGGGAAGUCAUUGAGCACUUCUCGUCGAGCCGCAGCCGCCGCAGUCCUACCUCGGCGGACGCGGAGGGCGGUCCAUCAACGUCGUCGCCCGCGCUGCCGCUGUGUCCCUCCGGCCGGCCCGAUGCGGAGGUGCUGCCGCUACUUACCGAUGACCCUGGCGGGGUGGUGGUGGCGGCGGGCGACGCGGCGGCCCUGAACCCUGAUGAGGAGCAGCCAGGCUGCUGCGCCAGGUUCCUGCAGUCGCUGCCUCAGCCCAUGCGAGUGCUGUUCGCCUCGCAUCGCUUCCCGAACCUACAUGUGGAGAUGUUGUACCAGCGCUACUUCCUUCGCAUGAACCAGACCAACAUGACGCAUCUCCUCGGCGUGCUGCUCGCCGUCGCACUCGCACUCAUCGUGAUGGAGGUCCAGACGCUGCUGAUCACCCAGAAACAGCUCGAGAACCUCAACAUCUCGGCUCUCUUGGAGAACUUCACCGAUCAGUUCGCUGGAAUGAGGAUCGAGGAGCAGGAGCUGCUGGUGCCCUCCUCCAUCACGUAUCCCCUCUUCGACAACUCGACCAGCCGCAGCUUCUUCCACCGCACCCAGCGAGUCGCCAGCAUCAUCAAGAUCAUCACCCUGGGCGUUACGGCUAUUGUUUACGCAUGCCUGCUGGCGUGCCUCAGCCGGCCCGCAAUGAACGAGAUCUACCUGCUGACGAUCAGCUACGUGGUGCUGGUGACGUUCCUGCUCAUCCAACUGUCGCUCGUGGCCACCGACAUCCUCAGGCUGCUCAGCAUCGGUGCCGGCGCAUGCGCUCUCUUCACCUACCUCACGUAUGCGACGUUGCCGCUCCGCCUGCACGAGGCAACCCUCGGCGGUCUCGUGCUGAUCCUCGUUGACCUCACCGCACACCUGAUCGUGGAAGGCGAGCCUGAUAUGGGACACUUGAUGCUGUGCAACCUGACGACGCUGAUCGUGUGCAACAUCGCCGGCAUGAUGACGCACCACCCGCGCGAGCUGGCGCAGCGCCGUGCCUUCCUCGAGACCAGGGACUGCGUGCAGGCGCGGCUCAUCACGCAGCGGGAGAACCAGCAGCAGGAGCGUCUGUUGCUGUCGGUGCUGCCUCGCCACGUUGCCAUGGAGAUGAAGGCCGACAUCGCCUCGCAGCCUCGCCAGGAGCAGUUCCACAAGAUCUACAUACAGCGCUACGAGAACGUCAGCAUUUUGUUCGCGGACAUCUGCGGGUUCACCUCUCUGUCGGACCAGUGCACCGCCGAGGAGCUGGUGCGCCUGCUCAACGAACUCUUCGCCAGAUUCGACCGUCUCGCCGCUGAACACCACUGCCUUCGCAUCAAGCUGCUCGGGGACUGCUACUACUGCGUGUCUGGACUGCCCGAGGCCCGGGACGACCACGCCAAGUGCUGCGUCGAAAUGGGCCUCGACAUGAUUGAUGCUAUUGCGCUGGUGCGUGAGGUGAUGGCGGUGAACGUGAACAUGCGCGUGGGCAUCCACACCGGGCGUGUGCACUGCGUGGUGCUCGGCCUGCGCAAGUGGCAGUUCGACGUGUGGUCCAAUGACGUCAUCCUGGCCAACUACAUGGAGAGCGGAGGCGUCGCCGGCCGCGUGCACAUCACCCGCGAGACGCUGAACUGCCUCGGAGACGACUACAAGGUGGAGCCCGGCCACGGGGGCCUCCGCAACUCGUACCUCAAGGACCACAACAUCGAGACCUUCCUCAUCGUGCCCGACGACGGCAGCCGAGUCGACAAGAAGCCCCACCACACGUUCUCGCUGUCCGGCAACGUGUCCAAGGAGAUGCGCGUCAUGGGGCACGGCUCGCAACAUGGCAAGCACUCCUCCAAGAUCGGCAUGGACACGGUAUCCGAACUGAAGAAGCCCGAGGACGAGGUGAACGACUACCUGAUGAAGGCCAUCGACGCGCGCUCUAUCGAACGCCUGCGCACAGAGCACUGCCGGCCCUUCAUCCUGACGUUCACCAAGGCUGAGGUGGAGCAGAAGUACGAGGUUGAGCCGGACCGCAUGCUCAAGGUGUACUUCUACUGCACACUCGUGCUGUACCUCGGCACCAUCAUCUCACAACUACUGGCUUUCAAUCUGACUCCUCUUUCACUCACGGCAAUGUUAUCUGGCGGACUCAUCAUCUCGGCAUUCUCGUUUGCGGUGUUCUGCGUUGACUACAAGUGGGCUCCAAAGAAGCUGGUUGCGAUCUCCCGUCGCAUUCACUCGAGCCGCAUGAUCGCGCAGUUCGUCUCGCUCUGUGUCAUCUUCAGCAUGAUCAUCGAGAUUGACACCGUCAUGUUCCAGGUAUCGUACCAAUGCAUCCACCAACAUGCCAUGUUUGAACCCAGCUGCCCCUACGGAAUGAACGAACACUACCUGCACCUGACGAUUGUGGCGAUGUUGGCGUGCGCCGUGCACCAGAUCCUCAUCACGGCGGCCAAGGCGGUGGUGCUUGGCCUCCUGGCGCUCACCUACAUCGCCGUCACCACCACCGAACACUUCCUCUACAGAGACCCCGACGACUUGGACAGCAACACUAUCACGGACUGGAACCGCCAAUGGAUUGAUUGGUACCAAGAUAUCGUUAUCGUUAUCGGCGCCGCCAUCGCACUGCUUCUACACUCGCACCAGACGGAGAGCACUUACCGGCUCGACUUUAUCUGGAAAUUACAGGCAAACGAAGAAAAAGAGGACAUGGAACACCUUGAAGCGUACAACCGUAAACUCUUAGCUAACAUCUUGCCUGAACACGUAGCCCAACAUUUCCUGAAUAGCGAGAAAAAUAUUGACGAGCUGUACCACGAACAAUGCGAGUCUGUGUGCGUGAUGUUUGCAUCGAUUCCGAACUUCUCCGAGUUUUACGUGGAGUUGGAAGGGAACAACGAAGGCGUGGAGUGUCUCCGUCUGCUGAACGAGAUCAUCGCGGACUUCGACGAGAUACUGGCCGAAGAACCCUUCCGAUACAUUGAGAAGAUCAAGAGCACUGGCGCCACGUACAUGGCGGCUUCUGGUCUGACUGCUGCGACCCGUGACCUCCGCGGCUUCCGCCACGUGACCGCGAUGGCCGACUACGCCCUGCGCCUGCGCGAGCAACUCCAAUACGUCAACGAGCACUCCUUCAACAGCUUCCGUAUCAGGAUAGGCAUCAACAUCGGUCCGGUGGUGGCUGGAGUGAUUGGCGCCAGGAAGCCCCAGUACGACAUUUGGGGCAACGCCGUUAACGUCGCCUCGAGAAUGGACUCCACCGGAAUUCUUGACAACAUUCAGGUGACUGAAGAGGUAUACGAGAUCCUCUCGACCAGAGGCUACCGACUCAAGUGCCGCGGCAACGUUGAGGUCAAGGGGAAAGGGAACAUGGUAACAUAUUUGCUGGAAGGAGUAGGAGAGGGCUCAAUACCUUCAGGUCCCGAUAUUUACAAUGAUCCGACCCCGUCGACGUCGGGUGAGGGCGGCGGCGGCGCCACGACGCUGACCCGCGUGGAACACCACCCGCUGGAGACACUGUCCGAGGGACACACGGACGAAGACGCCGGCGCCUCCCCGCGCCCCUCCAUACCACGAGAAUCGCAGGACGGCUCGGUGAGCCCGAAGCGCAGCAACGCGUCGGUCAACAGCAUCCGCGGGGAGAGCGCGGCGGAACGCGUGCGAGCUCGUGUGUUACGCCGUCUCGAGCGACCGCUGUCAUUGGCCGACCCCGCGCCGCCAUUCGCGCUCAUCUCCGCCAUGACGCGGACCCGCUCGGCCGAUGUCUACCACCACGCCCCGCGCCCCCCGCGCCCGCGCCCGCCGCCGCGCGAGCGCCCCGUCUACCGCAGCAUCCCCUCCCUGCCCCGCGCCUUCCCCUCGCUCGCCCAGCCCGGCGGCUCCGUGCCCACCGUGCACGUCAUUGAGAACCCCAUGCACAGCGUGCAAGACCCGCUCUCCACUGUGUAGACAGAUGGGGGUAAACAAGG